AUGUCAGCUCCCGCAGAGAUCGCGCGCCCGACGGACAGAGAGUAUGUCCAGGAGCUCGAACAGCGACUCAGGGUAUAUGAGCUCCAGGGCAUCGAGGCUUCGACCGAGAUCCAGAUGGCCGCGAGGAGAAUAGCCGAGGAGAACAAGCAGCUACGGGAGCUUCUCAACAGGCAUGGCUUUAGUGACGGCCAAGUUGCCCAUUUCUUGCAGUCGGGCACUUUCGUGCUACUUGAUGCCGACCAAAACCAUCCUUUUCGCGCCGGCGACCCUGGGGCCGCCGUCCAGUCGCUGGAACAGCUCUUGUCAUGUCGGGAUCCCUCCACUACUAGCGGGUCGACGACAAAGUCGUCCAUCUGGGAGUCAUCGCAGCUCACGACAUCCUCAUACGGCUAUCAAAAUCACAUGGGCAUGGCUACCGCAGUCAUGGGCUUGGGGUUCAAUCAAAUACCCACUGACAACCCCGUUAAGUCGUGCGAGCACCACGCGACAGGGCAGUGUUCAUUGUGA